ACGUCGCUUCCGCAGCAGCAUGGCGGCCACGGAGGAUGAGCGGCCGGCGGGGAGCGGCGAGGGAGAGCGGCUGGAUUUCCUGCGAGACCGGCACGUGCGGUUCUUCCAGCGCUGCCUCCAGGUCUUGCCCGAGCGUUAUUCUUCGCUCGAGACCAGCAGGCUGACAAUUGCAUUUUUUGCGCUCUCCGGGCUGGAUAUGUUGGAUUCCUUAGAUGUGGUGAACAAAGAUGAUAUAAUAGAGUGGAUUUACUCCCUGCAGGUCCUUCCCACAGAAGACAGAUCAAAUCUAAACCGCUGUGGUUUCCGAGGCUCUUCAUACCUGGGUAUUCCAUUCAAUCCAUCGAAGAAUCCUGGAACAGCUCAUCCUUACGAUAGUGGCCACAUAGCAAUGACCUACACUGGCCUUUCAUGCUUAGUUAUUCUUGGAGAUGACCUAAGCCGAGUCAAUAAGGAAGCUUGCUUAGCAGGCUUGAGAGCCCUUCAGCUGGAAGAUGGAAGCUUCUGUGCAGUCCCUGAAGGCAGUGAAAAUGAUAUGCGAUUUGUAUACUGUGCCUCCUGUAUUUGCUACAUGCUCAACAACUGGUCGGGCAUGGAUAUGAAAAAAGCCAUCAAUUAUAUUAGAAGAAGUAUGUCCUAUGACAAUGGACUGGCACAGGGAGCUGGACUUGAAUCUCAUGGAGGAUCAACUUUUUGUGGCAUCGCGUCACUGUGUCUGAUGGGUAAACUAGAAGAAGUUUUUUCAGAAAAAGAAUUGAACCGGAUAAAAAGGUGGUGUAUAAUGAGGCAACAAAAUGGUUACCAUGGAAGACCUAAUAAGCCCGUAGACACCUGUUACUCUUUUUGGGUAGGAGCAACUCUAAAGCUUCUGAAAAUUUUUCAAUACACCAACUUUGAGAAAAAUAGAAAUUACAUCUUAUCAACUCAAGAUCGCCUAGUAGGGGGAUUUGCCAAGUGGCCAGAUAGUCAUCCAGAUGCUUUGCAUGCAUACUUUGGGAUCUGUGGCCUGUCACUAAUGGAGGAAAGUGGAAUUUGUAAAGUUCAUCCUGCCCUGAAUGUAAGCACACGGACUUCUGAACGCCUUCGAGAUCUCCAUCAGAGCUGGAAAACCAAGGACUCUAAACAGUGCCCAGAGAAUGUGCACAUCUCCACAUGACUGACUUCACUUAGGUCGGGAGGGUGGGGGGAUUUGUAGCAUAACUGUAGCUCGAGGUUAAAAGCCAUGUAUAACCAAUGUGCUCUUUUUUUAAGAGGUAGUCUCGCAAUCAAAUCUCGCGCCGAUGUCACUUUGGAAUAUGGUCUUGAGCCCGUAACCUUUGUACUGGGUUUCAAGAAAAUCUUUGUUGACGUCUGAACCACAGUGGACUCUGUUGUGGUUCUUAAAUGUUUCUACUGUAUUUCUAAGAAGUUCUUUGGGGCAAAUUAACUAUAUGUAUGUAGGUUAUAUUUUUAAAAAACUCUACGAAUUGUAUCAUACUGUAAAAUGGACACAAAUCUUCAAAACAAGUUUACAGUUCACAUAGCAUCGAUAAUCCUUGGGUGAACACUUAGUGAUCAUUUAAAAAGCUUGAUAGCUGAUGGUAGGAAAUUGCUUUAAUGAAUUAAGUAUUUAGGAUUCUUCUUUGAAAACAGAUGAUUCCAUAAUUUUUAAACAGAAGAAUGACUUACUUUGUCUUAUUAAGUGUGCCAGUUAAACUUAUGAGGCCUACAUAAAUGAAAUUAACUUCAUAGCAAGGAUGAAUAGGCUUAACUAAUACAGUAAUUUUCUAAAGGGACAUUGAUUUAAGAAGACUAUUAUGUAAUUGAGGAAAAAAUAACUGUAUGUGAUUGUGAAUGAGAAAGUUUUGUGCUGUGUGGGUCACUUAUUUAGAUGUUUUGAGGGUGAAUAACAGUUGUGUUUGAUUUUAAUUUCAUUAGUUGCUUUUUCUUCUUUCUGGGGAGAAAAUAGUCAUCUAGAAGGAAAGACAUUGAGUGGUUUGGUUUAUUUUUCUGAAAUAUGUGAUACUAUAAAUUGUACUUUUAUAAGGGAGUUAUUUUUAGCUAUUGGUUUUUUUUUAGUUUGUUGCCUCCAGAGUGUGUUAGUGGUUCUGAUUUCAAAAUGACAAUUUUCUAAUUUUUUCAAAGUAAAUAAGUAAAACUCUCAGUAAAAAACCAGAACCACUAAAGUAAAUUUAAUGGUGCAGCCCCAUACAUGGUCAUUUAUAGUUUUAUAUUUUCAGGUAAGUGGAAGGGAAAUGUUCUGUUUAGGGGUUAAAGACUGGGGUGUCGCUUUUGUUCUUCUUGUUUUGUUCAUUCUGUGAACUAGCUAAUUGUAAAGGAAAUCGUGUAAAAACUCAUCUUCAUUAGUAACCAAUUUAUCAAUAAAUCACAUCCAUCACUGUUGUUGGAAUGACGUUCAAAGAUGUGAGACAAGUACUGAAAUGGAGAAGAAAAUCUCUGCACUGAAGGAGAUAGGUUAAAGUUAAAGUCUUGGUGAUAAUAAAUGUUGAAUUAUUCUACACAACUAUCAGUAUAAAAAAUUACUAGUAUUACUGUUUAGGAAUUAUAAUAUUUAAAUUUUAAUUUCCUAAAUUUGAGGAGAAAAUGCCCUUAAAUGGUGGUCCUUCCAAAGGGAAAUCUGGUAUGUGCUUAGAGAAAUGAUUCAUUUGUUGUUGGCAUCCUUAGUUUUAAAACUCCUCUUGCCCAAGUCAACUUUAUUAUUUUUUUAAUUAGAAAUAAAAUCCGUUUUCUGAUUGUGGGGGAAAAUAUAAGCUUAAAAGCAGAUGUUAUCUUUCAAUGAGUUAUUUUAGUUGCUUCUAUUUAAAUCCUGGCAAAUUAAGACAUCCCUAUCUCAAACUAAGUCAUUUCCUAGACAUCGGGAGUUAAAAUAGCAUAUAUGGAAUGGCUUUAGAGCGAUUAUAAAAAACCCAGAUUGUUUUUCCUGAAUUGCCACUAGCAGUUAGAAGGUAAGAAAGUUAGUAAUAAUAGUAACCGUAUCCGUAAGUGGAAGAGAACUCCAAGUUUAAAAGUAUUUCAUAAAACUAUUAAGAAAUAUUUCCUAACUCACUUGUAUAAUUUAAUAGCAUAAAAUUAUAAAUUACAAUAUGAUUCUAAACAGUACACGUGUGAGGGCCCUUUUUAUGAAAUUUUGUGGCCCAGUGAGUGUUCACCUUCCAUCGUGACGUGCUGACCAAAACACAGGCCAGGGACCUGCAGAGAGACGACUCUUGUUUCUAAACAGUUAUUUACAAGAGCAGUAUUUAUUAAAAACUAAAUUAUAAGUAAUAUUUCACAUACUUAUUCUUUGGCAGUGAUACUAUAAUGAGCAGGGAAGUAGGAAGUCCAAAAUCUCAAAUAACUCUGUGUUCUGCCCCCACCCUCAUUAUGGUAUUUUUCAGAAGUUAGUACGAGAAGCUUUUUUUUGAGCAUCUGCCUGAAAACAAGAUUAAUCAGGUCAUACAACACAGUUCAGUGUAUUCAUCAUCUACAGUAUUUUUAGAUUUGACCUGUAAUAUGUAUACAUUUUUAUCAGAUCUUUAAAUAGUUAAUAUUUCAUUUCAGUUCACAUAGAGGUUUGGAAACGGUCGGACCUGCUAGUAUUUGAGAGUCUGUUAAGUAAGGAGGUGCUCUGGAGUCUGAGGACUUGAGUUUAAAUCCCAGGUCUGCAAGUUCAGCACUGUAAUCUUGGACCCUAACUUCCCCAUCCAUAAAAUCAGGGAGGGAGGGCUAACUCCUGAGGUUAUUCAAGGAUGAAAUGAGAUAAUGCAUAUAAAGCACUUGACAUAGUACCUGAAAUACAGUAAAUUCCUAAUUAUAAUUUCUGUCCUAACCAUCAUAAAAUGAUUGUUAUUAAAAUCUCUCUUCUCUAAUAGAGAUCCCACAGGGGUUAAGCUCGGGGACGAUGACGGCAAUAGUGUACUUUCUGAACCUUCCAGUAAGAAUACAGAGUAACCAGGGUAGCCCCAGACCCUGUUCUACAAAACUAGAUGACCGUUGUCCUCAUGAACUUCAAAGUGCAAGUGAGGAAGGAAGGAAGACAACUGGCCGACGUAGUUUCAGCAUCUGUGGGAACGGGGAGAGCAGGCAGCUGUGUUUCUGACAGCCCCCCGUUUCUCAGCCGCCUGGCAGGGGGCCAGUCAACAGAAGCUGCAACUGUGCAGACUUCGACAGGUUCCAUUUGCAGGUGAGCGUCACAGCAAUGCACCAAGGUCUGCCGAGUGUGCUAACGUAGUCUGGGCCCAGUGCUGUAUGUGUCCAGAGCCUAGCACUGAGGAGAAACUGCUAGAAUUAGGAUUCCAGCUUGACAGGACAGGUAUGGUAGGGCAAAGAGAAGAGAAAGUCCAGGUAAAGGCUGGGAAGGAAGGUCAGUAGUGAUGUCCUGUCAACCACUGUCAAAAUGAAAAUGGAGCUUUAGGGCAGUGGAGCUAAAAAAAGUCAUCGAAGAACACGCCCCUCCUAAAAAAGUACAGGAAAACGCUCUUCCAAAGAAAAAAACAAAACAAAACUGUGAGAAGGAUUACAAUCAAACCUCAUUGAGAAGUUAGAAGAAUUAAGAGAAGCAGCAAGCCAGCAUCCCCAAAGAUGGUGAGAGCACACCAGAAAGAUACGACCACAAGACUGAUGAAGGCCUCAAUAUUUUUUUAAAAAAAACAGUUAUGACAGGAAAUUUAUAGUAUUUAGAACUGUAUCAUUAAAAAUGGGAGAAGCUGAAAAUUAUACAACCAAGCCUUAAAAACUGGAGGAAAAAAGCAAACCAGAAGAAAACUGAAGGAAGGAAUUCGUAAAAAGGGAGAGCGGGAGGGAACUUAAAUACGCAAACCACCAGCGAAC